UACGUACAUCAAUAAUGUCGUUUAAUUAAUUAACUAAUUUAAUUUCUUGUGAAAGCAGGCGUUAAAGUAAUAAAAUCGUAAUAACGUAAUCUCAUCUCUCAAUUCUUCAACGAUAAGGCAGGCAGGCAGCCAUUACAUGGUGCUCACAUGACCCUGUUGUUUGGCCCCGUGAUCAGUCCAGCUUGCUUCCUGGCAAAUUCAAAAGUUUACAAGUGCUUUCUCAUGGAUAUGUUAGAUCAUACACUGGAAAACAGUGAAGAUAAGGACGGUGAUGCUAGUGAUGGAUGUUUGGCGGAAAGUCAAGACCUAGUAGUUGCGGCCCAGAGUCUACCAAUCGUUGAAGAAGAUGGAUCAUUGGGUUCUGGAGAAGAUCAGACAGCUGUGGCAGAUUUGGUGCAAACACAAGGACUUCUCGACACUACAGAUGAAGACGUUCAGUACCAGUUCCGCUCUCAAGAAGGUAGUACUGUCACGUAUCGAGUUGUCCAGCUGGGAGGCGCUGGAGACUCUGCAGAUUCACUCUCAGAAAUUGUUACUGCAGCUCCAGGGUUUUCAGCAACAGCUGGAGUGCAGCAAGCCGUCCUCACAAAUCCUAUCAAUGGUCAAUUUUACGUCAUUGGUUCGCAGGAGAUGCUUUGCGCUCAGAGCCCCAGGUCUUUAGCCCCUAGAGCCUCACGAUCUACAAUUCAAAUUGAGAAGUCCCGAGGAGGAGCUUCUAGGGACGACCGCAGGCGCGCUACUCACAAUGAAGUGGAGAGGCGGCGGCGGGACAAAAUCAACAAUUGGAUAAUACGACUGAGCAAGAUCAUUCCAGACUGUUCGUCAGAGAGUGCGAAAGCUGGCCAAAGCAAAGGUGGUAUUUUGGCGAAGGCUUGUGAGUAUAUCACUGAUCUACGUACAUCAAACCAACGGCUUGCUGAAAGCGCCAAGGACAAAGAGGCCCUAGCAAUGGAGAUGGAACUUCUGCGGCAACAAAAUGAAGAAUUGAAACGCGAGAAUGCUGUACUGCGAUCACAGUUGACUCAACAAGGCAUUCUGCCACCUUCACCUGAAUUGCAUGUGACGUAGUGGCACUACUGAGAUGCAGCUAUUACUCACACCAGUCAAGUAUCUGAGACAAGCGGCAGACAUUUCACGCGAACAAGUAGAAAUAAGAGUAGUAUCAUUAAUAUAGAUAUGUGAAAGUUUUGCAAGCUUGACCAAAGUGGUUUUGCUUUCAUGACAGUGAUGCCAAAAUAUAAUUUUUGUGGGAAAAUAUUCUAAUAUUACUCUCCUAAUUGCUUUCUUAAAUUUGAAUCUCUUGGGUGUUUGUGCAAGUGUGGAAUUUGCAUUGACUAAAUUUUUUAGUCUGUCAGAAAUGUUUGCAACCUUCAUUUGUUGAGAUUAAAUGAAUGUUUAUGGAAUAUCAUUAGGAGUAAUUUCCACCUGAAACACCAAAAGCUAAUUCUAGGAAUAGUCGUGUGUGCUUCAAAAUAUUUUUAAAAAACAAGUGUUAUUCUUUUUAGGUGUUAUUUUCCUACAAGAAUUUCUGGAACAUUAUUUAAUUUUAUCUUGUGUAAUCAUGUGUUACCCAUGUUGUCAACAGAACGUUUUAAAGUUUUUGAACUACUCGUGUCAAGUGGGCUCUAUUGUUUGUGGACCUGCUAAAUUUUUAAACUCAGAAUUCAAGAUCCUUAAGGGAUGUCUGCUGCUUUUAUGUAUAUUAUAUAUAUAUAUCUAUAAUAAAUAUUCAUACACACAUAUACAUAAAUAUUUUGACAAUUUAUAUAAUUCUGUUUUGUUUGUGAUAAAAGGGUUAGUCAGUUUUGCCUUUUGGAGGCAUUUCGUUGUUGUUUUUUGUGAGAACAGUGUAUGUAGAUUUGGUCGCAUAUGCAUUGCAUUCUUAUGGUCUGCAUGAUUUGUAAACUUCUGAUUGAUGAAAGUUAUGUUGUAUUAAGAGUUUUCAUACUUGUGAAUAUAUUAAGAUCCUUGCUGCUUGACUGUACUACAUUUAGUUUAUGUUAUUGUUUAAACAUUAUUGAUGUUUGCAUGUUUACAUUGAUUUUUCCUGCAGUAGCUAAUGGUGAGAAUAUGAUUUGAAUGUUUUUUUUUUUUUAAUGUUUAAAUUUAACCUUCUUUAUAGUUGUGCUGUUUAAUUCAUAAAUGUUACAUUAAUCAACUUAUAAAUGACAGGCAAUUUAAAAAGUCACAGUAGUAAUGCUUGUGAAUCUUCUUGCUAAUUUGUGCCGUUACUCAAAAAUUGUUUGUAAGAGAUGUCAGAACAUUCAAUGUAAUGCAUGUGAGAUUACUUUUGCACUGUUCAUAUGAUCAGUUUUUUCUCACAUGUUAAAAAUUGUAGAACUUAUCUCUGAAACUUGUGCCAUUGAAAUUCUCAUAUUUUAAUUCCCGAAAUGUAGAUAAAUAAUUGGUUCAUUUAUAUACAUUUGUGAUAUAUACACUAUUUUCCUUUCUUUACGUCAAUUAGGUAAAAAAAAUUGUUUGAGCCUAAUCUGCUGUAAGUUUUCAUAAAUUGAUCUGUUUGCAAACAUUUUGGUAUUUAUUUUAAUGAAAAAUAUUUGAAAGAAAUCACUAUAUAAUUUAUGUGGAUAGACAAUGCAGGCAGAGUAUGCUUGCAUUUUAAAAAGUUGCAAGGAAAGUAAAUUUUAGUAAUAAAACUUUUUGUACAAAAUCUCUUUACAGCAGAUAAGAGCAUUGUGCAUUAUUUUACUCAUAUUUAUUUGUUACUUGUGGAUAUGUGAACUGUACCUUUUUAUUUGAUCCUUAGAUCAAAUAUUCCCAUCAAAAUAGGAUCAACUUUUACUUGAAAGACAAGUCCAAAUGUGAAGAAGCAAGUUGUAAUCAUGCCAAAGCUUGUUGGCAGUUACUAUUGUAUGUCAGUGCUUUAUACCUUCAUUUAAGUGAUAUAUGAAAUUGUUACUGUUGUUGAAAUAGAAUGAAAUACGGAUUUUGAGUGUCGACUAUUUCGGAUGUGUAUGCAAUCCGAUUGCAUGUAUUGGAUGUUUUGGAAAGAAAUAUCUGAACUGAAGAAAGAAUGUAUAUGUAUAUAAAGAGAAGUAAGAGGUUAUGUUCUGUCAUGUAAAAGAAAGCUGAGCUUGGAUUAUUAGCAUACAGUUAUGUUAAGUUGUUAAUUUUUAGAUGUAUUCACACAUAUUAGUUGAUACUAUUUUAAAAAAAUGAGAGCUGAUAGUCAUGUUGAGUGUCAGCUUUGCUAAAGUGCUGCAAGUUACAGGGGGUAUCUUUUAUUAUGAAUAUUAUCAUCUAGAGUAAGGAUGAAUUCUUUUUUGUAUAGGAAAUGGAGAGUCAUGAAAAUCAGCCGAAUUAGUGCCUGUAAUGAUGUUUAUGAGGCUAAUAUUGCCUGAUUGGAUGUCUUGAAAGACUAUGUAUAGAUCAUUUUCAAAAGUUUCAAAUUAUACAAAUGAGCCUUUGUGGUAUAUUUAUAUGUUAUUGAUAGGUGUUCUUUCUUUCAUACACAAACACGAGUGUUUUAUUGCUUUGUAAUUUGCAUGUUUGUUAUAUGUACAUAGAUAUUUGUUUGGGCGCUGGAGAAUGUAAUAAUUAUAAAAAGAUGUUUUGAAGUUAAUUUUGUACAGUUAUUGAAACAAAAUUGUAAAUCAAUUAGGUAAAUCGAAUAUAAACGAAUACAAGGUGUAUUACCCUUAUCUGGUGAAUAGUUGCUUUUGAGAUGUGGGAUAGGCAUUCCAAUUGUUAAACGUUUUCUCUAAGCAAGUUUGAGCCAGUAGCUUCACAUAGGCUACAAAUGUGGAGAAAUAUCAAAUUAUACCUAAAAAUCUGAGGUUCUAAAACUGGGUUUAUGUGUGCGAGAGAUUUAGGUAAUAGCAGAUUUUGAUAUCAUGUAAGGAUGUUAUAUCCUUUGACAAUGAACACAUUAAAGGUUAAACAUAUUAAUUUAUACUUGUAAUUCAUUCUCAUGUCUUAGGGGCAUGUUAGUGUGAUAACACCAAAAAUAGUAUAUAGUACUUGUUUCUUAGUAGACCCAUAUGACCAAU